AUGGCAACUGACAGAUCCGAUGACAGUGUCGAGAUAAUGCUGGACAUUUUCGAGCUGGACAAGCUGGGCGAUGCCGAGUUCCAGCGCAUACUGCAUUUCAAGCUGCACCUCGCAAUCAUGGAGAACGAUAUUGCCGCAGUCAAGCAGAUGCUGAUCAUAGGAGCCGACCCGAACUUCAGAAACGAGAUGGGAUUCACAGCCGUGGAGUGGGCAGACACCCUGCGCAAUGUGGACGCCCUAAAGGUUCUCCUGCAGGAUGUGGACAUCGCACACAACGGUAUCGAACUACUUGCCGAGCACAUUCGCAACAAACACCCCGCCGUGGUGGCCGUGCUCCUGGAAAUGGGAGUGAAGAGCUUCCUCUCACGCAAUGUGCUCCUCCACCAAGGCCUGAUCCUCCUGGCUUGUCAUAUCGGCCAUGUCACCGUCGUCAGCCUUCUCAUCCGGUGCAUCCCCUGGUACCGGAUCACGCCGAGCAAGCAGAUUUUCCUCCAGACUGCUGCGGCCGCGCAGAAUGAUGAUGUUCUCGAGUUGCUUCGCUCGAUUGCUCGCGAGGAACAGGAGAGUCUCUCCGCUCCGUACCAGCGAUUGCCGUUGAUACCGGUGUAUGCGCCGCCUCGCGAUGUUGAGUUUGAUCGCUUGUUCAACGAGUUCAUCCGAGAGGAUGCGUAUCUGCCUUGA